AUGGAGGAUAACCACACUUUCCUGUACUUUGCAUAUGGCAGUAACCUGCUAAAGGAACGUCUUCAGCUCAAGAAUCCCUCUGCAACAGUGCACUGUGUAGCCAGGCUCAAGGACUAUAAACUGGUUUUUGGGAACCACAAAGGCCUUGCUAGUGACCGAUGGCAUGGAGGUGUUGCCACCAUAGAGCACAGCCCUGGAGACGAGGUGUGGGGUGUAGUGUGGAGGAUGAACGUGUCUGAUCUAGAGUCUCUUGACAGUCAGGAGAACGUGACAUUAGGAGCGUACAGUCCGGUGGAGUUAUUGGUGAAGACAAAAGGCCAGGACCUCAACUGUCGCACCUACAUAAUGAACAGCUGUGUGUAUGCUCCACCAUCACCACAGUACCUAAAGGUGAUUGUAAUGGGAGCAGAACAGAACGGCUUGCCAAAAGACUACCAGGAGAAACUUCGAGCAAUCAAGACCAACAUGUAUGAGGGUCCCCUACCCAUGAUGGCUGAACUGGAGCGAGCCAGACGAAGAGCCAAAGAAAAGGUCAACCAUCGUUCUAAUGAUGCCUGA